AUGUACGUGGAUUUUCUGCAAAAACAGAAAGUGGCUCGCAUAGUAAAACUGAGGCGCGAUCAAGCUGCUUUACCAAUGGCGGCAUUUCGUUCACAACUGUUGGAUCAACUGUCCGAUCAUCGUGUUGUGGUUGUGGCUGGUGACACUGGGUGUGGAAAAUCCACUCAAGUUCCACAAUACCUACAUGCUGGUGAGCUGGAUUCAUGUGGUCAACCGAUAGGAAAAGGAUAUCAACAUAUUGCUGUCACUCAACCGAGGAGGAUCGCUUGCAUUAGUCUUGCUGCCCGAGUCAGCACUGAAAUGUUAAAUGAACUUGGAUCUAAAGUGGCAUAUCAGGUUCGUUUUGAACGCACAAAAACUAAAGGAACACAAAUUGUAUUCGUCACAGAAGGCCUUCUUCUUCGACAAAUGCAGUUAGAUCCAUUUUUGAAGGAAUACGACGCAUUGGUUUUGGAUGAGGUACACGAACGUCAUUGGCAAACGGACUGCCUGCUAGGUCUCGUGAAAUGUCUUGUCAUGGCUCGUCCGGAAUUACGCGUGGUCCUGAUGUCAGCUACGAUCAAUGUAAAUCUGUUCUCAUCCUUUUUCGAUAAUUGCCCCAUUAUCGAGGUCCCUGGUCGACUGUUUCCAAUCGAAAUAAAAUACGUUCCGCUUACCCCGACUGAGAUCGCUGAGGCUGGUGAUCGCCUUGAUCCAAGUCCGUAUUUGCGCUUGCUGCAGCGUAUCGAUGCGAAAUAUCCUGCCACAGAACGAGGCGAUCUAUUGGUUUUUGUACCCGGUAUGGCUGAUAUUCAGGUGAGAUAG